GUAGUCAUUAAAGAGCAACAGUCAGUCACCCUAUUUCAACUUCAACACAUCAUCUUCUAAACUUCUACAAAACAACUCUGCAAGGUCAUCUACUACUGGUACAGACUACAGUCUACAGUGAUCAAUUAUCAGUUCAAUUUCAAACCACAGAGAGCUCAAGGCUCAUGAAAUCAUGCCCAAACUGAAAACAAUUGAUUCAUUCUUUAAAAGAAAAGAAGUUGAGGAUACUGCAAAUAAUACAACUUCUGGUGUUAAUGCUUCAUCGAGUUCAGCUGAGCCUCCUUCAAAUCCUCAAAAUACUGAAGAACAUCAGUUGGAAAAUCUUGGGCAUGAUUUUAAUGACGUUGAUAUUGCUACUAUUGAACGAGAUCCUGGAAAACGUUUGAAGAUGUGGGAAUAUCCACCCAACAAGCGCGAUGAGAUUAGACGUGCUUAUUUGAAAUUAGGGCCAUAUCAAAUUCACCUUACGGAAUAUCCAAAGUCUGGAAAUAAACAUCCUCGUCGCUUUCAAGAGUCAUGGUAUACCCAAUUUUCUUCUUGGCUUGAAUAUUCUCCUUUUGAAGAUGCAGCGUAUUGCUUACCAUGCUAUCUUUUUACAAUGAAAGCAGCUUGUCGUCCUGGUUGGGACGUAUUUAGUGUCAAGGGAUUUAGAAAUUGGAAGAAAGUGAAUGACGGAAAUCGGUGUGCAUUUUUGAAUCAUAUUGGAGAGGGUUCUUGCUCACCUCAUAACAAAGCUGUGCAAGCUUGUGAGGAUUUGUUGAAGCAAUCAAGACAUAUAGACAAAGUGAUCAAUAUGCAAACACGUGCGCAGAUUGUAAAUAACCGAUUGCGAGUGAAGACUUCUAUUGAUGCUAUUCGUUUUCUCGCAGUUCAGGGAUGUGCUUUUAGAGGUCACGAUGAAACUCCAGAGUCACAAAAUCAAGGUAAUUUUGUUGAGUUGAUUAAACUUUUGGCAUCAUAUAAUGAAAAAGUGGCACAAACUGUUUUGGAAAAUGCUCCUAAAUCUGCUAAAUAUACAUCACCAGCAAUACAAAAGGAAAUUUUGCAAGUUAUUGCGAGCAAAGUGCGGAAAAAGAUUCGAGAAGAUGUUGGAGAUUCUAAAUUUUGUAUUAUCGUUGAUGAGGCCCGUGACGAGUCUAAGAGAGAACAAAUGGCUCUUGUUUUGAGAUUUGUUGAUGGAGAAGGUUUUAUACAAGAGCGCUUCUUUGAUCUUUCUCAUGUUAAAGACACUGGAGCUGCAACUCUAAAGAAUGAAAUAUGUGUCAUUCUUUCUCGUCAUUCACUUGAUGUUCAAAAUAUUCGUGGACAAGGGUAUGAUGGAGCAAGCAAUAUGCGGGGUGAGUGGAAAGGAUUGCAAGCAUUAUUUCUAAAUGAUUGUCCAUAUGCAUACUAUGUGCAUUGCUUCGCACACCGCUUGCAAUUGGCAUUAGUUGCUGCAUCAAGAGAGGUAAUUCCUGUCCAUAAUUUUUUCUCUCAUUUGAGCUUUGUUAUAAAUGUGGUUGUUUCUUCUUGUAAACGUCAUGAUGAGUUACAAGAUGCUCAAAUAGAAGAAAUAGCACAUUUAUUAUCUAUUGAUGAACUUGAAAGUGGAAAGGGAGCUAAUCAGAUUGGCACUUUGAAACGACCUAGUGAUACUCGAUGGAGCUCAUAUUUUCUUUCUUUAUGUAGCCUAGUGAGACUAUUUGGUCCAACUAUUGCAGUGCUUGAAAAAAUUGAGAAAGAAAGUUCCAAUUAUUGCCAACGUGGUGAUGCUAAUGCAGCUUGCAAAAUUCCCCAAACCAUACUGAGCCUAGCUGCUGUAUUUAGAUCUUGA